GAUGUACAUUCUCGACUGAUCGAAAUCCGGAAAGAUACUCUAAUAACGGACGAUAUUCGAAGUGAUUUGAAGACGAUGGAACAAGAGAAGGAACAGUUGAAUAGACGAAUCGAGAAGAUAGAACGUAAAUUACGUUCAGUACCAAAUGUUGAACGUUAUUUGGAGUUGGCCAAAAAAUGUCGACUGGAGAAUGAGAAACAAGAGAAAAUUGCCAUUCAUCGACAAGAACAACGCAAUGCGUUAGUGCAUAACGAACAGAAACUGAAACGAUUGAAUACGACUCUAAAGGGUAUUUUUUCAGCUAACGCUAAUAAUGACCCAACCGAGGCUAUGAAUCGUUUGAAGGAAGAGAUCGAGACAACGCGCUAUAUGGUUGAGGAGAAGUUACCGAAGGAGAUCGAAUCGAAACGUGUCAUAAUCGCAGAGUUAUCGAAAGUGGCUGAUUUGCCAGCGAUUGAUCAUAAUGAUAUCAAAGAGCUGGAGAGCAAGGUUGAUAUCAUAUCAACUAUCAAUCGCACUUCAACUGAUAAUAUAAUUGGCACUUAUCAAUCCACUUUUGAUAUGAUCUACCUGUAG